AUGGGUAGCGGAGUUUCUCAUAAUAGGCUCAAAAAAGUUGAGCGACAGAAAGAGUCAGUGAAUGACAACGACCAUCGCCAUGUAAACAACUCUGACCAAUUGCAACAGAAAAAGGAAACGAUAAAACCCAUGGAAGCACCUUCAUCUGUACAAAAUAACUCCAGAUUUGGAGAAGUCCUCUCUAAAGCGCAAAAGAGUGCGAAUGUCUUAAAAGAAUUUCUAUCCGACGGAAAUAUCGCGAAUGCAGAAGGUGUGUCAUGUUGCGAGAAUCUGCUGAAGUUUUCAGGAACUAUGGACGAAAGCGAAGAAAUCAAAACAACAGCUGUUAACUUUGUGCUUGGGCAAAACUUUGCUGGCAUAAUAUUUGAGAUAUAUCGUGCUUUGUUGGAAAAGUACCCUGAAGUAGUAAAGUACGACAGGGAAAAAGUCGAAGUAAGUGUAAUCAAGUGAAGACGACUGAUUACAUACCUACUGCAUACCUACUAUGCAUGUAGUUAUGGUAAAACAAGUAAGAUACUGGGCAGAUUGUGAUAGCAACAGUAAACUCAAUGAAGGCUGAAAAUUUUGUCUCUACAUUUGUUUUCUCCUAAAGCAAACUUCAGUGAAACUGGAGCUUUCUUUUUGGUUUAACAAUGCAGUAACUCACUUAGAAUAUAAUAAUUAAUAUAUCAUAAUAUUUAUGUUUUGAUAUGAUUAUCCUUUCCCCUCAAAAGAUUUUCCAUUGAUAAAAUAGAGUUAAGAAUCCUAGUCAUUUGGAGGCAAACUAGUUGGUUAUUUAUCAGUGUGAGCAAGGAGUUGAAUCUGCGAUUAUUGAGAACAAUCCAACUAGUGUUGGCAAGGGUGGGACUUGAACACAGGGCCUAUGGAUUGCAAGUCUAGUGGACUAACUGCUCUGCCACUCUGCCUCCAACCAAUGGAACGGAAUUAGGAUGUUGGAGAGAAAGCUCAAAAGUUAAUUAUUCAAUUUCCUUCAGCUUUUACGUCAAGCUUUUCUCAUGUUCUUCCAGCAUCCCAUUGAAUUGCGUCCUUGAUACAGGUAUAUUGCUGGGCAGUGGCCAAUCUAUCAGAGGUUAAACCCAACUUGGCCCCAUAUCUUUAGACCAAAACAGAGGCCAAGAGAGCCAAGGCACUGAAACAGCAUCCUUUGACCAGAGAGCAGAGAGCACCCCCUAACCUUUAGGCCUCCCGGGAUCAACCACUGAUUUUAAAUCUGAAAGAACUGAUUUGUUUGUUAUUAUGUUUAACCUAUUGUCUUGCAGGAAAAUGAUAACACGAUUAAUUCUGAACAGCUUAAGUAUGCUCAGGACAUUCUUAAUUUAUUGGCUGGUUUGUCUGUGAAUAUAAUAGAUGUUCCUCAGCUGUCAAAAGAACAUGGCAAUAAGGGACUUAUUCCUGUAUUUUUGGAAGUGGCUGAAAAAUUGAAAGAUUGUGUACCAGACAUGAUGCCCUUUGAGGUAGGUAUAUGUGCUGUAGUUUAAAAUGGAAUUCAGAGUAAAAUGGUUUAACCUUUGUUGAUUCCCAAUUUUCUUUGUUUCCUUAUUCAAAUAAUUUAUUAUUCCUGAUUUAUGAAUGAUGUUAGGGUUAGGAAACAAAGAAAAUUGAGAAUAAACAUAGGUUGAAGCCAUUUUAACCUGAAUUUCAUUCUGACCCACAAUGUUUAGAAUAUACAUGUAUGGUAUUUAACUCCUUGAUCAUGAUCGUGAGUUGAAAGAAUUUGCUUGUGCAUACUUGCUUGUGAAAUGUUUUUCUCCAUGAAUUGCUCCUUUAUAGGAUCAGGAAACAAAAGUAAUCUCCAAAUUCACUUCUCGUGGUAGAACUUUGUCAAGGCUUCUUUCUGCACUGGUUAAUCUGGCAAAACAAGUGUCAAACAGGAUUGUCUUCAAAGAUAGCAAAGGAGUAGAGCACUUACUGCCAUUUCUGAAUGCAAAAGUGACUGCCUAUUAUCUCAAGAGUUUAUUUUGUCUGGCAUACCUGAUUGAAGAAAACAACAAUGAAACAAUAUUGGCAGAUGUUGGUAAGAGAAAAACAAAAGCAUUGUUUUCUAUGUAAUUAGUUCAGAGUGUUUUUCUGUGAGUUUAAAGUAUAAUAUAUUGUCUUCACCUCUUAGUUGCCUUAAAGGGGUUAUGUCACAAGGUAUUGCUGUUUUAGAUCUUGAAUCUAUGUUGAGGUCAUUACUACUUACAUGUAUUAGGGUGGUAAUUAGUCUGUUGUCAUAGUAAUAACAGUAGGUGCAAUUCUUGGCACUUCCUCAGGACCGGUCUCGUUCCUCUCUGAGAAGAAAAGCAGGAUCCUUUCCUGAACAAUGGCCGGUAAUUGAGCCUAUAAACAGUCAGGCUAUUGUUAGUCAUUGUCACUUGUCCGCUUAAUAUUGUUGUCAGUUUAGCUUGUCUUUGUCAAUAAGUCAUAUGUAAAGUGCCAGUUACUAUGCUCAUGCAGACAAUCAUGCAUGACAUUUACGCAUGAUGAAAAUUACUUCAAAUAAGCUGUACAUAUAGUUUGGCACCUGAACUCAUUCCUUGAAACAGACAGUGUGAUUGAGGGUCAGCAUUCCCAACUUGUUUCAACAAACAGCGUUAAAAAAAACAAACAAAGCUAACACUGGGUGGCUAAUUUUUGCAUGGAUAACAAUUCGGUGGAUAAUUUAUGCAGGGUUCUCAAUAGAUUUUUAAGUAGGAGGUGAUCACUGAUAAAGUAGGAGGCUCUUCAGCAAAGCCAGAGGUGUCAAAACAAAGCAAAGAAAAGCGACUUAAACACAAAGUAAGCGGCUAUAAAUCCCAAAGUAAGCGGCGAUCAAUCGCCGGGUGCCGCCUUCUAUUGAGAACCCUGUUUAUGUGUGGCUCUUUUAACAUUUCAGAGCACAUCAAAUUUGUUAUUCAACUACUGGAAAAGGCUACAAAGUCAAGUUCUAGAGCAUACCUUGGAUUUUCAGUAAUUGAUGUCGUUGAUGGAAUAAGUCAACUGGCUGUCAAUGAAAGCAACAACAGGCAGGCAAGUUGAGAUAGAAGUGGUACAGCUGUAGACUGUGAGCAAGUGCAUGGUUUAGUUUCAGUUUUGGUCUCUGUUUCAGUUUUACAAUUAUAUUUAACUAAAACAACUUCUUUUGUCUUUAUCUUUUCUAGAUUGGAUUGAAUGGAGGCAUUCCAGUUAUCGUUAACACAUUGAAGUCAUAUCAACAAGAAGAUGAGAUACUUGCAGUUACAAAGGCCUUGUGGAUGCUGUCGUUUGAUGCUACGAGCAGGGCACUCAUAAAAGCUAUCCCAUCAGCCAUUGAGACACUUCGGAGCUUGAGGCAGUAUCCAAAUAAGGAUAUCGCAAAAGCGGCUUCUGGCAUUUUCUGGGAAAUUGACAGGAAAAGAGAUUCCUCUAGUCCAGGUAUAGCCUUUUUGUACAGAUGUAAUCAAGCGCUCAGUCACCAGGUUAACUAAAAGUCGUUUUGAGCAAAAACGUAUGUCAUCUUAGUAUAAAGGCACAAAUGGUGUGUCAAGCUGGACUGGAAUGAAUUCAACGUCCUCUGUUAAGAUCAUUUUAUUAUUUUCUUCUUUGCUGGAAUGUCCAGGCGGGUUACAUAUUGGUGACCCGGAGAGACAGUAGAAAUAAUAAGCUGAACAUGGUUUCAUAAGUAUCCAUUGCUAGGAUUUCAGCUUCACAAAAUUAAUGUCAUAAUGCAAUAAACCACAAAAAUAACAACUACAACCAAGAAAACGGGUGAAACUGAGUGAACUGUUUGCCGCAGCGAUAGUUUUCGAGUUGGAAUUCAUCAGUUUUGGUGACAGGGUGGGUUGGCAGACAAAGUAAAGUGUUGGGUAUGAUUUUUUUACUGGCCGUGUGGUAGUUGGUGUCUGGUGAUAUGGUUAUGCGCAUGCAUAAGGUACUGGGCAUACUGUCUAGCUACGUAGUUUGACCUUUGCUUCAGAUGAUUUUGUUCAUUCUAUAACUAUCUUUCUUGGUAGUGGCUACAAAAAAUCACCACCUGAUGAUAAGUUAUCAGUGGGAUUCCCAGUCUACCAUGCUGCAAAUCAGAGAUAAACUGCGUUCCGCUGGUUUCACUGUGUGGAUUGAUGUAGAAAACAUGAGUGGCUCGACUCUGGAGAGUAUGGCAGCUGCUGUAGAAAACUGUUCUGUGUUUCUGAUGGCGAUAUCACGAAAGUACUUUGAGAGCCCAAACUGUCGCUCAGGUAAGAAAGGUGAAAAGGCCUGCAGAGUAUUUUUGGUUUUUCUUUUAAAGAAUGAUGGUAUUAGAGGAUUGAUGCUUAAUGUGGCUCCAUGGGGUUUUCAAGUUUGAGCAUAAAGGGCCGAGAAAUACGACCGCAAGUAAAAUAGGUUAUGGCGUCAUUUUGUUGUAUGACAACGCCGACGUUUUUGAGACCCUGGUCAUAAUCAAUUUUCAUCUUUAUCUAAUACAGUUGCUGUGGUAAUUGUUCCAGAUCUUUGUCAAUGGUAGUGUAGUCUAUGCUGAAACUGUGCAGGUGUUGACCCUGAAGAACCCGAUCGAGCCACCUUAAGUCAUUUACUAGCUGCUUGAUCUAAGAAACAGAUUUGGUUUUGAACUCUGUGUAACUAUUUGCUAAGUGAAGUAAGCGAGACUAGCCGUCAUUCACUUUAAAUAGGCCACUUCUCCAAAUCGCUUUGUCAAGUGGUGCCGAUAAAAUCCACAUUUCCGCAUUUGACCGUGUGCAGCACAGUACACAAUACAUCUACGAUCUUAAAAUGAAUAACCAAGAAAAUUCUCCUUUAACCACACAGAAGCAGAAUACGCUUAUCAGCUGAGGAAGCAAGUCAUUCCAUUAAUGAUGGAGCCUCGCUUCCAACCUGAUGGGUGGCUCGGGAUUAUAAUGGGUACAAAGCUUUGGAUGGACUUUAGGGAAGCACGGAAUGUAGAGACCGGGAUGAGCCAUCUCAUAAGGGAAUUAGAGAUGAGAGAAAAAUCUAAAGGAACCCGCUUGACAGGUAAACAAUGCUCGUGUGGUGAAUCGCAGCCUGCGUCGGGAGACGUAAUUUAACCCCGGCUAGUAACGUCUGCGAACCGGUGCUGAUAUCCUUGUUCUGGGCGCCGAACGGACUCAACGAAUUACCAGAAGUACGUUUCCAAUACCCCCGGGGUACUCCGCAAUUCCCCCCAGGGGUACUCUGUAAUUCUCUCCGGGGUACUCCGUAAUUCCCCUAGGGGGUACUCCGUAUAUAUGUAAUGACAUAUACGGGAAGGCUCUGCUCGAAAAGGGUGCCUUUUACAGGCUUCAGGUAGCGAACAACUUCCAUGAGCUCGUGUUACAGCGUUUUCAAGGAGCAAUUUAUUUUUAGAACGGUUUUGGCGCGAAUUUUAAACAUCUUUUAAAUUCCACUUACCCGUCAGCAAAAACUACAGACCUAAAAAUAAUAUUUUUUUGCCCUUCAAUAACGUUUAGUUUUCCUUUUUGACAUCGUAUACUUCGAAUGCGCUCAUAGACAUGGUGGAGAUUCUAUUUUCGAUGGAAAAAGUGCCUUAAAAUGUGUCUAAAAAUAAACUGGCCCGUAAAACGCCAUGACGUAGACCAAGUACGGGAGUUGCUCGCUCCGGGUUAUGGACUCCUGGAAAGGGUAGGCAUUUCACUAGCUGAAGUACUAUAAGAAAGGGAAGGGAAAUCUUUGAUUUCGGUUCGUGAAAAGGCUGAAAAGGGCCAAUAGGUGCAUUUUAUGGCUAUAGAAAAGUCGAGAAAACGUUCAGGGUUUGUGAUUUAUCGAAAUUUAAAAGACUGUGAAUUUACAGCGGUUAAACGAGAUGCAACGUUCUAAACUAGGUAUGUGAAAGGGGUACCAUUUAUCAGUAGAGGGUAUACGGAAGGGGAACCUUUUCUGUGCAAAAUGGUGUAUAAAAGGGUCAGGAGUUGGAUCUUAGGGCGGAGCCUUCCCGUAUAAAACUUUGUUGAGCUCCUCCGGGCCAAUUUCACUUCCGCCUGAUUGGCAGUUCGACAAAGGCUUUUUUAACAGACAAACCCAUGGCACAUACUGAAAUCCUGGUACAAAGCGAGCGGCCCAGAACAAGGAUUUCGGCGCUGGCUCGUAGACGAACUUAACCAGAGGUUUAGUUUUGUUUGUUGCCCACCGGCUUGGUGAAUCCCUCUUCAUGUAAGGAUUUGCUUGGAAAUUAACUUGAUGUUAUUACAAACCUGGAAAUACCAGUCAUUGCUGGAAAGAUUAAUUCACUUCGGUUUAUUUCAAAUUGCAAUAGUUACCACUGACGCGGACUGAAACUUAUUUUGGUUUCGCGUAAAUAGGCAGGAUUAACAGUCGCCUCGCACGCGGACGUUCUUUUGGGUCGUCACGCAAUCCUUCCCAACGUGGGUGAGGAACUCGUGACGAAGCUCCAAGAACAUCUGCGUUGGGAGCUAAAGGCUAGUUAGCAGAACCCUCGAUACGCGAAACAAGGCUGAGACAACGCGGGAACGUACGAAGAGGAGUUAUUAUAUGUAUUAUAAUAAUACUUUGAUUGUUUUAUUUUGGCUACAGGAGGUAACCAGAGUAAACCAAAAGAAAUCGACCUGAAGACGAUGUUACAAACAUACAAGAAAAAUCACCGAAGUGUGUACGUCUACUUGUCAGAAAGCGAGAAGAUCAUCAGGAGCCUGAGGUCCUAUUUAGGUUCUGGUCAGCUGGCCACUGAAGCAGCGUUUUGGAAAGCAGAUGCCUUAGUUGCAGUGUACACCAAGAUACCUGACCAAUCAAGCAGGACUAUAGUGGGUAACUUCUUGGUCGAUGUCAAUCUUCCUGAACUCUUGACUGGCAUUGUUAGAACUCUUCAAAGAAGCCACCCAGAAGCUUUUUCUUUAGAAAGGCUGGAAGCAAGUUCCACAGAAGGCGAGACAAGAAAGAAGGCAAGUAAAAAUGUAUAUGGCUGACUAAAGGUACAGGUAAAACGGGCAGCAAAAAUGUGCGACUUGUUUUGGAUUAUUGCUACAAAACCAAUUGAAAAGUGAUGUGGCGCGUUUUACCACCCACGAGUCAAACCUGUCUUGCAACAAAUCAGCUUGUUGCAAGGUGCGAAAAGUUGUUGCGGAAAAUAGAGAGUGGUUCUACUUUCUGGAACAAAAUCUGUACACGUUGUGCGUUUUACCGGCCCAAGGCAAACCUGUUUUGCAACAAGUGACGUAACUCGCCGUUUAUAGCGAGACUCCCGCGUAAUUUUAUCCAAUCAAAAUCAGGACAAGGUGAAGGUGAGGACGUUACAGGGUCAUUUAAUUACAUUUCCCUCAGCGUCGAGGAGAGUAUAACGGUAAAAGGCGCCGUUUUCCGUCAACUUGACGCUGAAGUAUUGUCAUAAGGUGUUUGCAGCUAUUUUUGAGGGAUGGGGAGGGGAGGGGAGGGCUUCUUGAGGAGGCUUGUAAGCGAUGGGGCCUUAUAUAAAACUGGAGAAGUAACUCUGAGCAGGUCAUAUUAUUUUGUGAACGGCAUCCUCAAAUUUCCAGUGACGCGUAUCAAAAUCACUUUGCACGGCAGCUAAUAUUUUACUGCAAACUUUCAAGUUUUUGCAGUCUGAAGAUAAUCAUUCAAGUACAUGUACGAACACUUUGCGACUGUUAAGUGUAACAAAUCAAUUCGUGGCAAUUGGAGGGUAGCUGCUUAUUUGAAAAGGGGAGGGUCUUAAUACAUUUGACUGUUCGAAAGCAGAGAUUAAAAGAAAGGGGCGCUCUUUCUUGAGAGACAUUACAGUAAUUGGGAUCGUCUGUACCCCUGUGUUUUAUUGUAGGUCAUUUCGAAAGCUGGUUGGGCUGUAGAGGUUAUGUUAUCUGUGUCUAUAUCCAUUUUAAACUUUACUGAUCUCCAUGAUGCAUUUUGUGAAGCAUGUGGCAGCGCCGGUUUGGUAGAACUUAUCUUGGGCCUAUUGGAGCAACUAAAGACAUGUACGCCAGACUUUAAUAAGAGUCAGGUAUGUAUAAGGCUUAAUGAACCUUUAAUGACAAGACAACAUUGAAACAUUUAAGCGCAGUGGCGGCAGCAGAUUUGAUCUGGUGCGUCCGCUACUCCAGCCCCGUUAGUGCUGUUGCCCUUUUUCCGUAUACGAAAAAAUGAAAAUUCUGCCCGUAAAAACUUCAAGCCUUUAAUGGCAAACCUUUUAAUAACUUUUAAUUAUACUUCCAGGUUCUUCCAAAAGAUCCUGAGGACAAAGAUGUUAGCUUUUCAAGAUUGGGCAGUUUGAUUUUUGAACUUUUAGGAGUGCUUCACAACCUUUCCAAACGAAGUAAGAACAAACAAUAUUUUGACGACAGCAGCGCGAUAGGGACACUGUUGAGCUUCUUCAGAACACAGUUUCCAGUUUAUAGGAUGACUGCCCUACUUUGCAUGGCUUACUUAGUUGACGAGAAAAAUAACCAUCUCAUCAUGGCGAGCGAAGGUAUAAUAUUUAGUUAAAGGCAAUGUUUUACUGCAGUCUAAUCCAAGUUGCUUUAGUUUCUGUUGCUGGUUGUUUGCUACAAAACUCAAAUUUAUGAUCUUCUUUACAUUUAUUAAUAUUUCUUCAUUCCGCGGUUCCGAUAUUUGAACUUCAUCUGAUAUUCAUCUCUUUAUCUUCAUUUUUCCUGGAUAUACCAUAAAAUUCCGAAAAUAUGCCCCUCCGUGUUUAAGCCCCUCCAGAUAUAAGCCCCCCAAACUCGUAACGCAAAAAACCCUCCGUCAAAUCGCCCCUCCAAAUAUAAGAUCCCCGGGGGCUUGCACUUGGAAAUUGCCCUCAAAUACAAAGUAAAACAAAGCAAAAAUAGUAAAUUUACUUCCAACUAUAAGGCUAGCCUAAUCGAUUUUGAAACACAAAUUUCCCUCCGUAGAUAAGCCCCUCCGAAAAAAUUAAAAAUUCUGAAAAUAAGCCCCUCCAUGUAUAAGCCCCUCCAAAUAUAAGCACCCCAAACCGGUAACGCCAAAUACCCUCCAUUAAAUUGCCUCUCCGAAUAUAAGCCCCCCAGGGACUUGUACUUGGAAAAUUGCCCUCAAAUACAAAGUAAAACAAAGCAAAAAUAGUAAAUUUACUUCGAACCAUAAGGCUAGCCCAAUCGAUUUUGAAACGCAAAUUUCCCUCCAUAGAUAUGCCCCUCUGAAUAUAAGCCCCUCCAAAAAGAAGCCCCUCAAAAAAGGCCUUUGAAAAAUAUAAGCCCCGGGGCUUAUUUGCGGAAUUUUACGGUAAUUACGAACCAAUUUAAUGACCAUCUCCUAGUUGGCCUGUUAGCUUAUUUGGUUAGGGCGACGCACCGGUAUCGCAGAGGUCAGGGUAUGAAUCCCGGCAAGCCUGAUUUUUCAGGCUUUUUUUCGCAUCUGCGCAGGUUGAGUCUUUAACUGCGAUGACGUUCUUUCGCCAGCUUGCACCUGCAAAAAUUUGCAAAAGUAAUUGAUAAUAUGUUUUUCGGAAGUCUAUGACGUAAGACUGCAUCUGAUUUGUCUGCUCAAGACUUAGACUACGAGUAGUCCCCCAUAUUUCCUCAGGGAUAGUAGAGCUAGCGAAACGCGAGCGCGCGUGAAAAUCACCCCUUUUCGAGAAAAGGCGACACGCGGCUCGCUGGGGGACUACUCGUAGUCUACUCACGACUUCAUGAGAGUAUUAAACUUGCGGUUCGCAUGCGCAUAAUACUGUACAGAUGGUCAUGUCAUGUUUGUGUAAAAUACACAAUCUGUCCACUUUUUUUAUAUAUGCAAUUCGUUUCAGAGCCAAUCAAAGAUAUUUUGAAGCUGUUGGAAAAGGCUACCAACUCCGCUAAUAGGCGCAGUCUGGGAUUUUCUGCGGCGGAAAUAGCUUAUGGACUAAGUCACGUGGCCACUAACGACGGCAACAAGAAAAUGGUACGACACCUCAUUGUAUAAGCGUGCAAAGUUCAGCUUACAACAGAUGUCCGAGUAUAGAAACUAGUUUAUACGAUUCUGCUGCAGUAGUGAAGCUGGGAGGUUCAUUUUGGCUAAGCCACGCAACAUCUGGACGAACUUUCUUAGUUUUCUGGGAAACUGCCCACCUACCUCCCCCUUAAGCCGACAUUUUGCCCCUAGUGAGAAGUAAGUGUUAAUAUUGGCUUAGGGGAGGGGUAGGUGGGCAGUUUCCCAGAAUCCUAAAUUAAUCGUCCGUUUUUUCAAUUAACUUGCAUGCAAAAAUGUUGAGGGGCAGUAUCCGGGCAUUCAUGCUUUCAGGUUUUUUUGUUUUAUUUUGUGUGAAAGGUCAGUCACUGUAACAUUUGUGUCCUAGAUUGGCCAACUUGGAGGCAUUCCUUUGUUGGUUUCUAUGUUGAAAGGCCCCGUUGAGCUCGAGGAAGAAAGAUUAGCUGCAAUCAAAGCGUUGUACAUGCUGUCGUUUGAUGAGACGAAUAAGGAAAUGAUAAAAUCUGAUCGCGAAACUUUAGCCCUACUGAAGAACUUGGAACGCUCACCGAACAAAGAGAUACAGCAAGCAGCGGCUGGAGUGAUGUGGGAAAUCGAGGGCAAGAAGGAACACGUUCAUAGCUCAGGUAACAGUGUAAAGUGAAAGAUAGACGACCACUUUAACCUAAACGUUUCCGAGUAGUUCUAUGCGAUUGUAGCCUGCAAGUUAGCUCUGGAGUCAAGUUUGAACUUGUGUAUGGACCUUCUCUAACUCUAUCAGUUUUGUAGAAGAUUAACAGUGUCGCUUACAAGAAGCCAUAAGGUAUUCUGAAGAAGGAUCAAGAGGUUAUGUCUCCCUACCUAUUACCCACCCAAGACCACGGCCGGGUUCGUCACAGCCAGAGAUUUGUUUCAUCCCUAAUGGUUCUUUUACAUCUCUCAGAUUCAGAUCAAGUGAAAGUGCAGUGAGACGGGGCCUACAGGUUUUCGUACUUACCUUACCAGACUAAAAGAGCUAACCAUUUGCAGAUGUGAAACAAAGGCAACACCUUCUCCCUAGUAACUUUAAGUCGCCGUGUUUGGUUCGGCUGAAAAUAGAACCCUGGCCUUAAGUACUGCUACAACGUUUGGCCGAGAAGGGAUCAUACGAUCUGACCGUUGUCAACACCUACUGUUCUCAAAUUCAGGUCGCUUUUCUUUAGUGCGACAACGAUGAUGCCAAUGAAAAUGUCGGAGAAAAAUAGACUUCGAACCCUUUCAUACUCAGUUUUCGCCAUUAUUACAAGUCGCGCAGUUACUCAAAAGAAGGGUAAUGUGGCUGGUGCUGAAAGGAGGGGACCGCCGGAUUCGAUGCAGAUGCAGAUCAUAGUAAAAUUCAUCGUCUUCACCGUUCCCGUUCUCAAGGGAACUUAAAAUUUAGUCAUUUUUCGUCGAAGUUGUACUUUGACAGUGAUCAAAGAAAUUUACAAACGUGCGUGAUGCACGUGCGCGUUGUCGUUUUGCUUCCUAAAUCAGUUGUGUUUUCGGCGUUCCCGUUGCCAGCGCCGUCGUAAUUUCAUAAGGUCCCAAAAUUAAUGUUAACUUCGGUCGUAACUGCAAACGUCCCACGUUCGGCCCAGUUAAACUGUUUGUGUCAACUCCAUACCUGACGUUCGGUUUUAAACAAUUGAACUAACAUUUAGACUAACCAGUAAGGGAAGGAGUUACCAUAAUGCUGGAACACUCGCUUUGUUUUGUACGUUCAGAUUCUGAGGAGCACGUUAUGAUCAGUUAUCAAUGGGACACGCAGGAGACCAUGCUGCGAGUGAAGACAGAACUGGAAAUAAGGGGUUUUAGUGUGUGGAUGGAUGUUGAACAGAUGCAAGGAUCCAUCCUGGAGACAAUGGCGCGAGCUGUGGAGAAAUCCUCUUUGUUACUCUUGGCAGUGUCAAGGAAAUACCAGAACAGUCCCAACUGUCGAUCAGGUGUGUUAAAAUAUGGCGCGAGCUAUGUUUGUCACUGUUAGCAAUAUGACAGAAAUACAGAGCAUUCAUAGCCUGAGAAAACAGCCCACAUUUCGCGACGCCGUUACUGAUUUCCGUACGACAGAACGUCUGCGAAACUAACGCGGAAAUUCCAUACUGGUGACGCGUCACUACCCAGAUCUGGGUAGUGCUUCUGAUUGUUCUUGCCGCGAGAGAAACUUGCUUCAACCAAGCAAAAGUAACACUUCAUCAGUAGAGUUUUUUGCGCUCGUUCGUCAGACGUCAUUUCGCGAAGAAACUAGUGGUGGCGUCUCGAAAUUUCGGUGUUUUCUCAGGGUAAGCAGUUGCAACUGUAAAAAUUGAUAUCUGAUGUCUGACUUACCUCUACUAAAGAUCUCUUCUAUCCAGGAUUCCCUGGUUCCAAUUUUAAUUGUUACAUAUCGAUGUUGUAGAUUUUUAUUGUGGUUGGAUAGGGUUUUUAUGCUUUAUUCCCAAUGUAAUGCGCAUUUGAUCAUUUUUAUGAAUGCCUGCGCAAUAUUAAAUUAUUUUCAUUAUUAUUAUUAUAAUUAUUAUUACUAUUAUUAUUAUUAGUGCCAAAGUUUGAGCGAACAAACCAUGACAUUUUAAUCCUGAGAGUGCCAGAAUUUUUCUUAGGGUCCGAUAAUAUCCGAAGAUGCUCGAAGACAUUCCGAGGACAACUUUUUUGUUUUUCAUACCGAACGUCUAUUUUAAUGUUUUACAGAGAACGAAGGGUAGAUACUCCAAAACGUAAAACACCAGUGCAGAGACAUUCGGUUACUUACUAAAAAGGUUGUUUAUUUGCUUCGGCGAAGACAUUUAACCAACCGUUAUAUUCGAUUCAUUUUGCUCUGAGCUUUGGAAUUUGUUUGUUAAAUAUUCCGUCGUUAACUUGUUAAAUCUAUCGUUUGUGUUCGGGGAGCAAGGGUGGCACAGUGGUGAGAGCACUCGCCUCCCACCAAUGUGGCCCGGGUUCAACUCCCGGCGUCGACGCCAUAUGUGGGUUGAGUUUGUUGUUGGUUCUCUCCCUUGCUCCGAGAGGUUUUUCUCCCGGUAGUCCUGUUUUCCCCUCUCCUCAAAAACCAACAUUUCCAAAUUUCAAUUCGACCAGGAAUCAGGUAGACGAAGAACCACUAUGUGGAUGUGCUACCUGCAAUUCGUUAUUUAUUUAUUUGUGAUUUUAGAAGCGGAGUAUGCGUACCAGAGAAGGAAGCGUAUGAUUCCACUGAUGAUGGAGCCUGGUUAUACUCCAGACGGCUGGCUCGGCAUUGUUCUUGGGUCUAAGCUGUGGAUGGACUUUAGGAAGGAGCCAACUGUUGGCAUCCAGCAGCUCGUGAAAGAAAUUGUAAAAGGAGAAGGUAGUGUCAGUAUGUAAAAUUGUAAACUGAGCCAAACCCCCUUCUCACAGACCACAUCCCAACUCGAUGUUCUUAUAUAUGUUUAUUAUGCUGAAGAAAGUGUUUUGUUAAGAAGGACAGUGAUAAGAUUUUUUAGAUUUAUGUUUGUUUCGUUAUUAUAUUUUUAUAAUGUGUAAGGCUCCGGUAAUUAUGAAUAUAGAAUCCAAACAUCGUAGACUUCAAUCGCCUUAAUAGACCUUUUUACCGAUACGGCGGCCAUAUUGAAUUAAUUCGAUUUAAGGAGUAUUAUAGGAUGCCCAGGGGGCAUGAGCACAUUUCGUUUGUAUUUUCGCGCGCUUUUCGGAACAUUUUUUCUUGAAGUUUUCUUAGAAUAAGAUUGUAAUGGGAAAAAAGAUCCUUGUGCCGUGUUUGGAUGUAAUAAUGAUCGCCUUUUUCCCGAGAAAUAUACAGUGAAAGACCAUAUUUCUAAUACUAAUCUAGAAAAAGACGAUCAUUAUUACAUCCAAACACGGCACAAGGAUCUUUUUUCCCAUUACAAUCUUAUUCUAAGAAAACUUUAAGAAAAAAUGUCCCGAAAAGCGCCCGAAAAUACAAACGAAAUGUGCUCAUGCCCCCUGGGCAUCCUAUAAUACUCCUUGAAUCGAGUUAAUUCAAUAUGGCCACCGUAUCGGUAAAAAGGUCUAUUGGCCAAAAGUGAAGGAGACUUAAGUUCUUGGGGUAGGGUCAUAAGGUAUAAAUGCCGAUUCCUUUUUUUCCGCAGCUGUCAUGCAGACGCAAACAGUCUUGUCUAGUCCACCACCAAAAGAACCUGGAAGCGAAAAGAUAUUGCAGUGGCAGAAAGAGGAUGUUGCGAAAUGGCUGCACAGUAUCGGAUUUGAAGUGUAGGUUUUGACGGUCAUAACUUUGUGUACUGAUAACAACUAAGCUAUUAGUAACAUUUAGUAAAAGUUAAAAAUAAGCAAGACCGCAAUGGCUGCAGUUUUUGUUACAGCAGGGUCAGUUCAAGUGUACCCCUUAGAUGAUAUUAAUCAAUCUAUUAUUUGAAAAAUGAAUCCGAUUGUCCAUACUGCAACCAGUGUCGAAUUCAAAUUUGCAUUCCUGCAUGCUUAAUGAGCAGGGAAUUUUUUUACGAUAUCUUCUCUUUAUUCGGUCAGAUUUAAUAAUCUUUGAAUGGAUAAAAUUGCUUUAAAGAAAUUACAACAAACUAAAGAAACCUAAGCUGGUAGAAAUUUCAUAACUACCAUGCGUGUGAAUUCACUGCUCAUUACGUAUGCUGGAAUGCAGAGAUGAAUCUGAAAUCCACAACUACCAACGGAUUCAACUGUCGAAUAAUAAAUUUAUUUAUGCAAUCUUGAGGGGUACGCUUGACCUGGCUUGACCGUAAAGUCAGUUACCCUGGAUUCCCUGUCCAUUGUUUGCAAGUAUAGGUAGUCUUUAUAUUGACACAGUUUUACUUACGCUUGAGAUGUUUUCACUUACGGUAUAUGAGUUUACCUUUUUCAGUUUUCGCGGGGUCCUAGGUCGAAGUUGUGAUUCAAGUUGUUAUUUCUCUGUAGCGGCAAUAACAAGGUGAGAGGAAAGUUGGACGGUCCGCUACUGCACAUGCUCAAUGAGCUACGAAAAGAGGUAAGUGGCCAAAGUCUUAUACUUCAGGCCCCGGUUGUUCAAAAGAUGGAUAGCGCUAUCCAUCGGAUAAAUUGCUAUCCAGUGAACACGUAUUAGGAAAACCAAUUGCACUAUCCGAUGGGUAAUGCUUUAUCGGUGGAUAGCGCUAUCCGCACCUUUUGAACAAUUGGAGCCAGGAUGCCUUUUUGAAGCAUUGCCCUUAUUUGACAAUACUUUGCAAUCCCCCCUCCCUACCCAAUAUACUGUUGAAAGUCUCGAAAAACUGUGAAUGGACGUUUCCAGCGUCGUAUUUGACGUUGGGGGUGGGGGAUGGGCAUGUGUAGUAUACAAAAGAGCCACAAAUGAAAUUUUUCCCCCAGACUUUUGUCCACGAUUGUAUAGGUCUAAGAGCAUUGAUUUCAGGUGUUUCUGGAAUUCAGCAGUGGAACUUCUCUUGUAAGAGCUCAGGGCCUCCACCGUUCUUCUCCAAACUUUGCCUGAACUGACAUUUUAAUAUUCCGCCCUGGGUCUGCGAGGAUGUCACUUGCGAUACAGCAGUGUUGUUGUAACGUGGUGACCUAAAGGACAUGCGUACAAUUCGCGUUAGGUAACCAUCACUGAAGCCUUUCUGUUUCUAUUCGUCAGUUGGCCAACAAAGUUUUGAUACUAAUUUUAAUACUUUGAAUGUCUGUUUUCGUUUUUGUAGAGCCCGGAAUUUUUUUACAAUUCAAUCAAAACAGAUUUUGGUUUGCCAACUGUCAUCGAAGUUCUACAAUUCACGAAAGAACUGAAGGAAUUAAUGAGCUGA